UCCUCCCUCCUGGAGACUGAAGCCGUACCACAGUUCAGUCGGCGUCUGGAGACGAGCUCGAGAGAGAUUGGCGCCAAAGAGUGAGCCUCGCGCCUCGCGCCUCGCGCGCCUUCCACACGUUUUGAGUGAAAGAUGUGCGCGUGAGGUAUUAAAAAAAAAAAAAAAAAAAAAAAAGGCGGGAUUUUGACAGAACUCUGACAGAACGACGCUGUGGUGAUGUCCUGAGGACCUCCUUUUAAUACUGAAAAGAAGAAGAAGAAGAAGAAGAAAGAGAAGGAGAAGAAGGAGAAGAAGUCGACGUGAAAGAGUCUCUUUCAUGGGAUAAAAAUUCCUACAGGACAAGUUUAUCUGUCAUUUACCGAGCUAUGGAUUGGUGUUUGAGCCGCUUAGCCGCGGUCCAACGGCGAUUUCAAACGAUUUAAAGUAGUUUAAGGAAUUUCUAAACACGAUUGGUAAUCUGUUUCUUUUCACAGAGGACCCUCGCUGUACUGGAUACUUUUAAAAAUGACUUUUCAGCUCAGAAUUUGCCUCAGUUUUGCGUUAAUGGGAGUAACGUUAACGGACCCCGAGCAUCCCAACCAAGUGGUUCUCCUGGACACCACAGCUGUAUUGGGAGAACUUGGCUGGAUGACCUACCCAGUAAAUGGGUGGGACGCCAUCACAGAGAUGGAUGAGCAGAACCGGCCCAUCCACACCUUCCAGGUGUGCCAUGUCAUGGAGCCAAACCAAAACAACUGGCUGCGCUCGAGCUGGAUCGCACGACAGGAGGCACAGAGGAUCUAUGUUGAGCUGCGGUUCACGCUGCGUGACUGCAACAGCAUCCCAUGGGUAUCAGGUACAUGCAAAGAGACCUUCAACCUGCACUACCUGGAGACGGACGAGCCUCACAGCCACUUCCGUCCCUCUGACUACGCCAAGAUAGACACAAUUGCAGCCGAUGAAAGCUUUACGCAGACAGACGUGGGUGAGCGAGUUCUCCGGCUGAACACAGAGGUGCGCGAGCUAGGGCCUGUGCACACCAAAGGCUUCUACCUUGCCUUCCAGGAUGUGGGCGCGUGCAUCGCCCUGCUCUCAGUGCGCGUCUACUACAAGAAGUGUCCAUCCACACUGAGGAACCUGGCUGCUUUCCCUGACACGGUGCCACGUGUCCACUCGUCUGCUCUGGUGGAGGUGAGGGGAGCCUGUGUGUUGAACGCCGAAGAGCGAGACACGCCACGACUAUACUGCAGCGCUGACGGGGACUGGCUCGUCCCACUGGGCAGGUGUGUGUGCAGCGUUGGCUAUGAAGAGAGUGACGGCCUCUGUCUGGCCUGUAAAGCUGGAUUCUACAAGGCCUUCGCAGGGAACAUCAAGUGCUCUAAGUGCCCUCCUCACAGUUUCAGCCACUCGGAGGCGUCGGCGCUGUGCCACUGCGAGAAAGGCUACUACAGAGCGGGCAAAGACCCGCCGAGCACCGCCUGCACACGACCGCCCUCACCUCCGCGUAACGUGGUGUACAUCAUGAAUGAGACGGCCCUGUUCCUGCAGUGGGCUCCACCCAGCGACACGGGCGGCCGGAAGGACGUAACCUACAACGUCCUGUGCCAGCGCUGUAGUGUCGAGGGCCAGGCCUGCCAACCGUGCGACAGCGACGUGCGCUUCGUGCCGCCGGCCAUGGGCCUGACGCGCACCUCAGUGGCCGUGCAGGACUUUGUGGCCAACGCUAACUACACGUUCCAGAUAGAGGCGGUUAACGGCGUGUCGGGAAUGGGACGAGCAGAGAGACAGAUGGCCAACAUCACUAUCAGCACCGCGCAGGCUGGUCCAUCUCUGGUGGCAGCGGUGAAGAAGGACUGGGCCACUCAGAGCACCAUCGCCCUCUCCUGGCAGGAGGCCGAACAACCCCACGCUGCCAUCCUGGACUACGAGAUCAAGUACUACGAGAAGGAGCAGGAGCAGUUGAGCUACUCGUCCACUCGCACUAAAGGUCCCAGCACGAUCGUAACGGGCCUCAAGCCAUCCACAGUCUACGUGUUCCACAUCCGAGCUCGCACAGCAGCCGGCUACAGCAGCUACAGCUCCAAGUUUGAGUUCACCACAGGGGAUGAUGAUUCAGAGGAGGCGUCUGAUCAGGGCCAGGUGUUGGUGAUCGUUACCGCAGCAGUCGGGGGCUUCUCUCUGCUCGUCAUCCUCACACUUUUUCUGCUCAUCACCGGCAGGUGCCAGUGGUACAUCAAGUCCAAGAUGAAACCACAGGACAAGAGAAGGACACAGUAUCAGAAUGGACACGUGCCGUUCCCGGGAAUAAAGACGUAUGUUGAUCCGGACACUUAUGAGGAUCCGUCUCAGGCUGUUCACGACUUUGCUAAGGAGAUCGACCCGUCUCGUAUUCGUAUAGAGAGAGUCAUCGGAGCUGGUGAGUUUGGGGAAGUGUGUAGUGGUCGUCUCCGCAAUCCAGGGAAAAAGGAGAUUCCUGUGGCCAUAAAGACCCUAAAGGGUGGCUACACAGAGCGUCAGAGGCGGGACUUCCUGCGAGAGGCCAGCAUCAUGGGACAGUUCGACAACCCCAACAUCAUCAGACUGGAGGGCGUGGUCACAAAGAGUCGUCCUGUGAUGAUCGUGGUGGAGUACAUGGAGAACGGCUCAUUGGACUCUUUCCUGAGGAAGCACGACGGACACUUCACCGUCAUCCAGCUGGUCGGUAUGCUGCGCGGCAUCGCCUCCGGUAUGAUGUACCUGUCCGACAUCGGCUACGUCCACCGGGACCUGGCAGCCCGGAACAUUCUGGUGGAUGACAACCUGGUGUGUAAGGUGUCGGACUUCGGCCUAUCCAGGGUCCUGGAGGACGACCCAGAGGCUUCCUACACCACCACAGGAGGGAAGAUUCCUAUCCGUUGGACGGCUCCAGAGGCCAUCCAGUACAGGAAGUUCUCCUCAGCCAGCGACGCCUGGAGCUACGGCAUCGUCAUGUGGGAAGUGAUGUCUUAUGGAGAGCGACCAUACUGGGAGAUGUCCAAUCAGGAUGUGAUCCUGUCCAUAGAGGAGGGUUACAGGCUGCCAGCACCCAUGGGCUGCCCCGUAGCUCUGCACCAGCUGAUGGUUCACUGCUGGCAGAAGGAGCGCAGCAGGCGGCCUCGCUUCCACGAUAUUCUCAGCUUCCUGGACAAGCUCAUCCGCAACCCCAGCAGCCUCCUCACGCUGGUGGAGGAUGUGCACAGUUUACCCGAAUCCCCAGAAGACUUGCCUGACUAUCCUCUCUUCAUUUCCAUCGGCGACUGGCUGGACUCCAUCAAAAUGAGUCAGUACAAGAGCAACUUCAUAGCGGCAGGGUACACGACUCUGGACUCCAUCUCCAGCAUGAGCAUCGAAGAUGUCAGGAGGAUCGGCGUGUCCCUGAUCGGCCACCAGAGGAGGAUAGUGAGCAGCAUACAGACACUGCGACUGCAGCUCCUGCACAUUCAACAGAGUGGCUUCCACGUAUGAGACGGACCAGCCAACACCAACACAUGCACACACACGCGCACACACACACACACUUACACUAACACACAUAUACACGAACACACGCAUACACGCACACACGCAUACACAAAUAGUCAGGCCUGGUCUGUUUCACUAACCGCGAUGAGAGAACUUCAGGCUUUCUCAAAACUUUUCAACCAGCCGUCGAAGGCUUCCAAAUGAAAAAGCAAUCAAAGGGAAAAAGGGACCAGUGUGAAACAAAGAGUCUCUGGGAGAUGGACAACCAAUCAGGGUUGGAAACAUGGCACUGUCACUAUGGUGAUGUCAUCUGUCAGUCAUCCUCAAGUUCUGUGACUGGCUGGAUUCACAGUCGGAGAACUUUUAAUAGUAUAUUUGCUAUUUUAAUGUAACAAAGUAUGUGUCUUAAUAGAUAUUUAUCAUUUAUUUAUCAUGCUACUUCCAGGAAUCGAGAGACGUUGAAUGUUAAGUGGAUUUCUAUGGCUAUGACCCAUCAUUUAUCAUCUGAUAUUUAUGCUGGUAUUUAUAUGUACAUGUGUAUGUCGGGGUUUUUUUAUUUAUUGUUUUUUUCUGCAGCAAUAUGUGCAGUCUUUUACGGAGAACAAGAAAAGACGCAAGAUUAAGGAGUAGGAGUAGAGAAUUGUAUUUUGAAAAGGGGAAAAAAAAAAAACGCCGCACAAAACCAUCGACCUCCUCAGGCAGUCAGCUAUGCCGUGCAAGAACGCGCUGGACCUUCUGGAAGAUUGAAAGCCAUGGUCUCGUGCUUCUGCAUCAGACCUCACACACUCAAAUGUACACACCGGUCUUCACCUUACAGACCUACAUACUCUGCUGUGAUGCACAAGAUUUAUAGAGCACUUUUAUUUAUUUAUUUAUUUAUUUAUUUACGUAUUUAUUUAUUUAUUUAUUGAGACAGACGAGAUUGUCAUGGUGAGUUAGAUAGGGGUCGGUUAUAGUAUAAAUAGAAUACAGUUAUUGAAUGUAGGAUGGUGUGUAGCAGAGAAAGUCCUCGGUCGCUCUCUCUCUCACACACACACACACACACACACACCUUGCAGGUUAUCAUGCUUACCUAACAAUAAAUCAGAGAUACCCUCUAUUGCCUACUUUACACACACAUGCCUCGCAGGUUAGUGUAUUUUCCUAUUAAUGCACUGUAUUGCUUACUUUAUAAACACACACACACACACUCUAACAUGCCACACGCAGAGGCUGUCCUUGUAGUGGAGCAUAUGUUCAGGACACUGAGGACUCGUCGAGAGAAACUGGUGAAUUGUUUCUGCACACGCUAGAGUGAAUAGGGACUAGUAAUACAAUAGUAUCUUAUUUUUUAUAAUUUAUGAUGGAUUAAUAAAGAGGUUCAAGUGGAUUGAUUAGGUUGGAUGUUUGUGAGAAAUAAACGAUGA